AUGGGGGUGUUCCAUGCGCUCCUCAUUGGUUGGGUCUUUAAUUCUGUAGCCGCUACAACUGCCACCAAUCCGUACCAGCAAGGAUGUCUCUACUCCAAGAAUUUGACCCGCCAGAUUCGAGUUUGCGGUUCCGAAGAUCCCUUGCCCGAGGCGGUGGAGAAAGGGUGGUGUCGAAUGGCGCCCAUUGACUAUCCCGAGAUUCGCAUCAUUCCGGGAGAUUGGGAGUCUAUUGCACUUCAGGAAAUGCUGUUUGUGCCUGCCUCAGUGGAAAUGGGUAGCCCGGACCUGUCGUUGAAUUUGUACCACCCGGACAAACCCGUGGAUUAUCAUGCCGAUUACCGGGGGUACACGGAUGCCUUUGCGCUGGCCUACGAAUUGGACGGAGAUUGCAGCAAGGCGCAACAACAACAAUCCAUAGGAUAUCAGCAGUGUGGUCACUUCUUGACGGAAAGCUGGUUGUACACUCACCCCGAUGUACAGAAUCAAAUAUACGAGGGGAUCCUGGAGCCGCCACAGAGCUUGGGUAUGCUGGCACAAGAGUCUUGGUUUGUCCCCAAGUUUACCGCACAAAGAGAUCCCACCUUGCUCAGUUAUUUGGGACUUCAGGGUGACGACAACCGACAAAAAUUGGCCGACAGUUUCAAGCGACCCACAACUUGGCACGAUUACUGCGAGGAAGUAUCACGGGACAAUUGUACUUGGCGUAGCCCUGUCCCGGGGCAGUUGCAUUAUCUCGAAAUCCCAUUGGACAAUGACAUGGAUCACUUGGAGUACUCCUACUCGCAACAAAAAGAAAUAUGGAUGGCUGCCAAUGCCACCAAGUCCGAUGUGAUCAUGAUGUUUUGGAAACCCGAAAAACGUGUGGGGACGUUCCUCGGAACGGAUGCCGAGUUUGUCCAAGUGAGCUUUCCUCCUCCGACGGUCGAGUGUCUGGAAGGCAGACCCAGUUCAGAUCAUCAUUGCUCCGCCGACUACAAUCUACAGAUUGGGACACCCGAAAACAUUUGUGGAGAACCGGCCAAAACACUAAAGAGUCUGAUGAGCACCACAGUGUUUCGUAAUGUCCAUGACAGUUACGAUGGGACGCCCUUUCCAAAGGCAGUGCAAAGUCCGAGUCAUUCGGCUUUGCAAAACUUUCAAUUUUCCGAAUUGCAAGUCGAGGAAGUCUUUCAGCUUUGGAACCGACUGGGAGAUCCACGGGAUGCCGUCUGUGAAUGGGUAGCCGACAAUAUGGAUUUUAUGCAUGCGCGAUUCAUCCCACGCACGUAUCCCCGCGCGCCCUUGUGGAAAAGUGAACAUAGUCUGUUGAUGUAUGCCUCCACUAUUAUUAGGGGCACUGUGUUGGGGCUUGUCUUGGUGACGACUGUUCUGGUUCAGAAGUACAGUGGUCGCGAUGCCAUGAAGUGGGCACAAAUUGAGUUCUUGAAUUUGUUACUGGGAGGAUCGUUUCUGAUUGCAUUGGGAGCAAUCUUACUGGGUGCUCCUAGCACCGAUGCGUCGUGUACAGUCGAAAUCUGGUUGAUGAACCUGGGAUACACUCUGGAGCUAUGUCCUCUGAUCGUCAAAGUCGCAGCGGUGAAUCACGUUCUCAACAUUGGUCAGCAGAUGAGACGAAUCAGCAUUAGGCGUGAUGUGCUGUAUGGAGUGGUGAUUUUGGUCGGCAGCCUUGUUGUCAUUUUUUUUGAUCUGUUGGACAGUGCUGGACCCGCCAAGGGUGGUCCCCGAGUACAACCUUUCAGAAGAGGUUGA